CUAAGGGCUCAUUGCGCAUGCACCAGGUUAGUUUACUCACAACACUCAACAUGGAUUCGGAAUUUUAUAGAAUCGUUAUCGCAAUUAUUAGUAUGCGUCGGGCUUAUUAGCUUUAAAACAUCCACAAGCUAUAUUGUAUCUAUUGACCAGUUUGUUUCCAAUGCUUUAUGCGCGUUAUUUCGUGAAGGAAAUGCACGAAGACGCGAUCACGUUUUGGGAACCCUUUUCGCGGCAACAGAGGUGUCUUUUUUCCAAACAUCUUUGCAAGUGAAGUGAAGAUAUUGUUGUGUGGUGUAAUAUUGCUGCGGCAAAAAUGCCAUCUUCUAACAUCCCGGUCCCAGAGAGAGAUACGGGGAACUCUCCAUCCCGUAAAAGCAACGUGGAGGACUUACGAAGACACAACACCAAGCUGCGGUCGGAUUUGGAAGCCGAGCGGGCGAAAGUUCGGCAAGUUUUGCGGGAUAAAUCUGCAGAGAUAAAGAGAAUUCAAGAGAACUUUGAGAAGGAAAAGCAGAAAGCGGUAGAACUAACUACAAAGCGGUUAAUGAACGAGCAUGCUGCAGAGAUAAGGAGAGCGCGAGAAGGUGCUGUCAAGGAGAAAGAUAACGAACUCAGACAAGUGGUGAAAUUUAAAGAAGAAGAGGUCAAAACUAUGAAACAGCAAAUUGCAGAGGAGAAGGAGAAAAAUCGGAGCGCUGAAGAAGAGUUGAGAAGAGUCUUAGUGGAUAAGGGUAAGGAAGGAGAGGAUCGUUCGGAAAUUGAACGAAAAUUACGAAGCGAAAUUGCUGUGCUUAGGGACCAAAAACAAAAAGCGGACGAAAUGUAUCGUUUGAAAGCUGCAGACGACAACGAGAAGGCCGAAAUUAUACGACGCUUAAAAGCCGAGCAUGAUGUGGAGCUUCAGAAAUUUCUAAAGGACUCGAAACGCGAAUCAAUCCAUAGUUUGCAGCAAAGGAGGUUAACUGAAAGAGCUUUGGAGGAAAAAGCCCACGAACUAGCGUUCAAGGAUCACUUAGCAAGGAAACUAGAAGCUGAGAAAGGUGAUCUACAGAGAAGGUUAUCACACUCAGGCGAUUCGGAAACUUUACGAAGGUCAAGUCUACGGACGGAUGAACGAUUGGAUGAGAGUGUAAGUAAAAUUUUAAUUUCAGAAUUUAGAGGCUAAGUAAGAGAAUACAACCCUUUAAAACCUUUAAAACUAGGUUAUCUUUUGUCAGUUCUGGAGUGGAUUUUAAUCACUUAAUUAAAAUUAUGGUUUCCUUCUACUUUAUCGGCAAAGUGUAAAUUAAAAUCCAUACAAAUUUCAAUUGUCCCUGUCUUAACAAUAUUAUAGAAAUAAGCUUAUUCUUUUUCGGCCAGAUUUUAAUAAUAUUUAUGUCUGGGGAUCAGUACUGGUGGUGUAGUUAAGCUCGCGAUAUGUGAUACAUUGUUUUUCCUUCCGUUAGCGAUGUAUCAAUAUAGCCGUAGUAAACAUGUAUUUUCUCAUUGUGCAAAUGGGAUUAGAGAGGGUCGUCGAUUGAUAGGAAGAUGGCAUUGUAGCGUGAAUAAAGUAGUUUAUCGUGAUCUUAAGUCGAAUUUUUUAAUAUCACUUUACAAUAAUCCUUGUUGGGCUCUGAAUAUAAUCGAUCCUGCUCAAAGCAACUCUCUCCAGCUUCGAUGAUUACACUGUGGAUUUCGCGUUUCUUGUUAGCUGGUGUUUACACUUUUGGUCGUUCAAAUUCCUUUGAGACAGCCUUGUGAAAUGACCAGUUUGUUUAAAUUUUUAUCUCCUUUAAAAAAAAUGCACGAAGAACACAGUUGAGAGAGCUUUGAGAAAAAUUUCAUAUUUCCAAAGAUAACUUGAUACAUGUACAUUUGAAAAUCCAUUAGUACAAGAUUUCUAAAACUUUUCUAGCCUUAAGUUUUGUUUACAAAGUGUGCUAACAUGCAUGAGCUAAAAUUAAAGUGCAUUGUUUCAGCAAGAUCUAUUUGCUUAAUUGUAGUAAUAAAAAACUUAAAUUUUCCUUGUAAAAAUUCACUAGAUUUAUUUGGUACAAUGUACAUGUACCAUUAUGAGAACUGUAAAUUUUUUAAUGACACUUCAUCAAUUGCAGCAAAUGACAGGCUAAGAACUAAUGUGUACAGUGUAAUGCACUGAUGCAAUUUUGACAGUAAUUUGAAUGCGUUUGAUUAACUUUUCUUUUUUCCACUCACGAAUCAGUAAUAUCAUAAUCAAAAUUAGAACUUUUGUUUCGGUAUCAUCACCUCACAAUAAUUUUCUCCAGGCUGUUAUCCAGUAUUUUCUGGCAUGAAUGCCUAAAAUGAUUAUAUUCCUCUAUUAAAUCUUAAAUUGAAUAUGAAUUAUACAUUUGCCAUUAAACCUACAUGUAGCUGUUUCGUAGUUUCCUCAUAAAAGUAGGACAAAAAUUUAUUCCACUGUGCUUAAAUUGCUAAAGUUGCAAUUUCAUUAAAUUUAUCUCAAAUUUUUAUACUGCAAGUGGCUGAAAAAAUUUCACUCCUAAAUCUUUAACUUAACUUUUGUUUCAAUAAUUACUAGGUUUUUUUUCAACUGGAGUAGUACUUUGUACCAGCCACAAAAGUGUGCAGAUUGUGGAGAGUAAACCCUGGUACCCCGAUACCAUAUCGUGUUUUGCAGUUAAACCAGUCAAAUGUGUUAAAAUCAGUACACUUUUAAGAAAAUUGUCUAUUCAUUGAGAUGUAAUCUGGCACCCUUCUUUGGAGGGCUGUUUAGUAAUGAGCCUAUCAGAGCUGAAAAGAAUAAAUAUCAAGAACCAAUUCAACUUACAUGACUGAUAGCUAGAUUCUUGUAGCGUCAAUGUGGAGCCCCUUGAGCGAGGGCAUGUUAUUACGGUUUCUAUAUAUGUUUCCUGUCCAUUAUCUAUGGUAUAUUAUGUAACGAGAUAGAUACUAUGUUGUGACACUCUGCGACAAGAGACAGCGUACCAAAUGUCCAUAAAAAACCACAUGUUUGCAAGGCAACACCAUUCACCAGGGCAUUCUCGUUGUAAAGUGACUUCUAAACUGAAUGUGUACUUUUUCAAAAAUAUGAAACAAGUAUUCUAGCAGAUGAGGUUGGUUCAGUGGCCACAGGCAAAGUUUUGACAUUUUACAGUUAUGGCUCAGGUAUUGUUGAAAAAUGACAGGAAACUUCUUGCCAAGAUUUAGCAUGCAAAUGUCAUUAAUGUCAUGUAAGUUUCCAUAUACUGUAAAAACCUAAAAAGUUCAUCCAAGUGUUUUAUUUUUCUUAACUGACUUAUUUUUGCAUGGCUUUAACGGUUUAAUUGAGUUUUGUUUGGAUCUUUCUUUGACUUACAGCCUCUUGCAAAAAAGGACAAAGAAAGAGAACUAAAAAAGAGAAAUGCUGAACUGCAAUCAAAGGUGGAAAGCUUGGAGAAGAAGUGUGCAGUAUUAGAGGUAAUAGCUUAGCUGGCAUGUUUUGCACCAGUUUGUAUAUUUGGAAAUUACAGAUUGGUAAAUUGAGACUUGUGAAACUCGAACUUUGUGAUAAUUUACUCCCUUAAAAUAUCAUUGUAACACAGCAUGGAAAGAGAUUCAUGCUUCUUGGUGUUACAUGUAUUAUAUUUUUUCUUAUUCUUAAGUUUUUAAACAGGUUGAAGUGCUUUUGAUUGAGUAUCCAGGUAACUAAUAGGCUGUAUUGUUUUAAUGUAUGUAAUUUUUGUCAUCCCCGAACAAUAUUUAAACUUUUUGUAAAUUUUUCUUGAAGGCUGAAAUUAUCAGGGGUCAACUGCACUGAAUUUCGAUUUUAUAGACCUUUCCUGCAUUCUUGUGCUCAAAGGUACCAUCUCGAAACUUUGGGUGGACAAAAUACAGUAUUCAGUGAUUUGUAUGAAGUUGUCUACCUGACCCUCAGCCUCAUUUCUUUGUGUUUGCUCACUGGAGCGGAAUGCGGGAAAGGUCUAUUGUCUCUCCCACCCCUACUUAAGAACACCAGAGUUAACAUAUCAUAAGGCAUUAAUUUCUUUUGUAACUGUGUCCUUAUAAAAUGUACAAUUAUACGUCAAGUUGCUGAGAUCUUCCUAAACACUACAAUUUUAUGAUGUGCUCUUUCAUUACUGAACGUCUUGAAAAGGAAACAUGUUGUUUCAUUUAUUUAAGGAAUGCAUUACAUGUACAGUUGUUCUUUUUUCUGUAGAAAGAGGCUUCAAAGAGUGGGAACUUAAAAGUGACUUUUAUGGCCGAGGAAAAAAUAAAGAAGCUUAAGAAGAGGAAUUCAGAACUUGUGUCCAUUGCCCGCCAGCUUGAAGAUAAGGCAAAGAAACUACAGGAAGAAAAAGUAACUGCACAGGUGUGUUGCUCACUCUUUAAAUAUUGCUUAAAAUCUUAGUGGCAAAAGUCAUGAAAUGUAAGAUUGAUGUGAGUAAAUUUGUUUUCUUUGAAGAGGCGACUUUUUUAUCAGAGUUUUGAAAGGCAACGUUUUUGUCAUUUCAUUUCGUUGAUAAAGCUUAGACCUGCAAUAGAUGCAAAAGCUGAUGUAAGCUUGAGUGUAUUUUAUACACAUACGCUUUUCUUCUCGACAUAAAGAUUUAUUAACAUCACUUUUCCUGAUGCUUUGCAAACUGUGCAAAGUUUCCUUCAGUUAGGUGACAAAGAAGCUGCUAAAGAUUUUUUAUAGGGUGGAUUUAUCAUGGCUUUCAGAGGUGAAAGAAGUUUAUCUUGCCAAGUUAAGAAUAGAAGAACAGUAACAAUGGCUUCCGUCUUUAAGCAACAGAGUGUGACUCGUUUCUCCAUCACUGUUGUGGAAGAAAAGAAAGUUAUGAAAAGAAAAACGAAUAGAGGAGCAGAGGCGCUGCUGGUUAUAUUUACCUUUAUGGCCUAAAUUCCAGAAAAACUUCCUUUCCUCUUCAAAAAGCAAUCAUCUUGAAACAAAACUGAAAGUACGAGGUUAUGCCAUCACGGGGAAGUUGGUCUGUUUUUGCAUGAGCAUGGAAUGUCCAAACAAUUCCUUCUUUGGCUAGCAGCCACUUUAUGCCACAGCCAUCUGCUAGCCGAAAAUUUUUAUUAAGUCACCAGAUGGCGCCUGUAUCAAAUAGUUAAUUUUUGGACCCUGACCAAUUUUGUUUUAUUUGUGUCAGAAAAUAGACAUUAUGUUAAAAGUUUUUGGACAGUUUACCAAAUGCUUUGACUGGGAUUUUGAAAGUGUUCUAACCGAUAAUGAAUGUUCAUCCCUUUAAAAUGGAUAACCGUCAGUGUCCAUUUUGCCUAUUACAGUCACACAUAUCAAAAUUGUUUUUCAGACAAAGUAGCGUGGGCUCUUACUUCGGGUAGCUAAGGUAAUACUUAAUGGCAGCCUCUCCUUACCUUCUUUGUUAUUUUUAUUUAUCUAGAAAUUAGCUGAAGAAAACAAUUCAAAUAAUACUGCUGGAGUGGAGCAUGUGAAGAAGAUGUAUGCCAGACAGAGAGCAAAGGAUCUUGCCGAGCAUGCAAAGUCACUCAUGUCCAAGGAAAAGGAACUGGAAGACUUGAAAAAGCAACUAAAAUCGCAACAGAAUGACCAAGUCUUGCCGGUUAGUUUCACAAAAGAUGUUGAAAAGAAAUCUAUUUGCAGUGGAAUCACAAUUGUCUCAGACCCCAGGGUUUGGAAAUCUCCCAAAUGUCAUUCAUUUUAUGCUGACUUUUGAACUUCUCAAUAUUUCAAAUCAAUGCUCUCUUUUUCCUGGGUAGGUUUGGAAUAUUAAUUUUGAUUCCAUUGUACCUUGAGCAUGAUUUGUAAAGCCUGUGUAAAGCUCAUGCAGUAUAAAGGCUGGGGACAAAUGUGAUUGUUUUGAAAUGUUUAGGGUGAAAAUCUACAUGUUACAUCUGCACUGAUGACCUUUCAUGAUCGAUUAUAAAUCUAAUUUAUUUAAUUCUACCAAACGUCCAUUGUUCUGACAAGAUGUAACUGGUACCUAUUGUGCCAUAAUAAGUCCUAUGUAACUGAAUGUUUCUUACCUCUUUUUAGCCCAAUGACCCGCUGAAAUGUUGUUGAAAAAUGCAUUUGAAGCUAGUCAAGUGGUUUUGUGAUCACUUUCUGAUCAAAAAGAAGCAAACAUAUACAUUUACCCAGGACCGUGUUGCCAUACAAGCUGCGCCUAAUAGACUGACUUUUGUUUGUGAUGUUAAAUUAGAGGUUUUAAAGUAACCUUCAGGCAUGUUCAGAUGGCAAAUUUCAUUUCAUUUCCCUUGAUUUGUUCUUUUUGCCUUCUGUCUUCUUUUGUUUCCCUCUUUUAUUAUGGGAACUUACUAGACUUUAUUUGAUAGGGAAAUGUUUUGCAAAAACGCAUUGGAUAGUAAAUGUUUUUGAAAGAGGUACAAGUGGAGAGUGGAACAAGAUAUUUGUUGGAAUGUUCUGGUUAAAUGUAAAUGAUAUUUUGUGCUUUUCUUUAGCCUAUUGAAUUAACUGCGUUUGUUUGGGUAUGGUUUGAAAGAACUCUUCCCUUGCGCAAGCUAGGUGUCAAAAGUGUCGGUGACUUUUAAAAUUGAUGACGUCACAAGUGGUCCAAGGGAUGUUGUUACACACGGGGUAUUGCAAGUAGCUGAGAUGUGACUUCAUCUUGGAAUCUUCACCUCUCACUUCAUAAGCAAAACAAUGACUUUUUAUAAGGACAUUCAUUAUAAUUAUUGGAAUCUCCUUUGAAUAUUGUUAGAUUUUGAUAUUUUGUCAUUUUGAAACGAUGUUUUCCCUUUUCAUCUGGUGGUUAAUAUUGAUUGCUGUUGAAAAUAUCAUUCAGUUUCCUUAAGAGACCAGUAUUGUUCAGUGUGGUAGCAUCAGUCCAAUAUUGUAUCCUGUGGUAUUUUGAACAUGUUACAAAAUACAACUGGUAGCAGGAAAAAUAACAUCUGGAAUUUCGCUUCAUGCAUGGAAGAUCAAAGUGUGACAAUGGUGAAUUUGCUAGUUGAUAUUACUACUUUCUAAAGAUAAUCAUUUCAUGGCCAAUAGGCAUAUUAGGUUAUUUUUACACACAAACCAAUUAUCAUGCAACUUGCCGGCCCAUUGUGAUCUAGUUAUUAUAGUUCAAAACAAGGGGAAGACAUGUUAAAACAUCGUAGGAGAGCUCGACAAAACAACCAUGUUUUGUCUAAAUCCAAGAGUGAGGUAUAAAUUGUUUUCUUCUUUAAUCCCUUGAUGAUAAGUGAAGUAAUCACAGUAAUUUAUUUUUCAAAAGGGAAUUGACUUAAUUUUCUUUGUCACAAAAUGCAAAUUGCUUUAAAUGUAUCUUAUUUUUAAAAUCAAAUAAAAGGUUCAUGUUAAGUGUAUUUCGAGCAUUCAUUAAGCAGAUUUGUUACCUCUAAUUACACUGACGUUUCAGUCGUAAAAACUUAGUAAUUAUAACUUAACAGACAUUAUUCAUACAUGUAUGUUUUCUUUUAAACUGCCAAUAUUAAUACUAUUCAUGUAAGUGCUUCAGCAAAAGGGAACCUUAGGACUGUGAAAAAUUUGUAAAUUUUGUCAUGGUUGAAAACUGCCUGCCAUGUUCAUAUUAAGCUUUUACUUAUACCUCAGGUUUUAGUACAUGUACUUUGUCAAAGAAAAAAUUAUUUCAGUGAGACCCUUAUGUAAGGUGAUAUUGAGUUGGAUUGUAUUAAAGAUAAACAUUUCAUCCAAAAGGUAUCACUUAGGUUUGAAUAAGUUUUCAUUGAUCUCUGUCACUUUCUGUGUCACCCGCCUGACAACAUAAUUUAUAUUAAUUUUUUGUUUCACAGAGAAAGGAUACAGAGAAUAUGUGGACUUUUGGUUUAUUUUUUAUCAGAUACAGUGAUGCUUUUUGCUUUUUUUGUUGUUGGAGCAUUACAGAAAACUGAAGAAAGUUUCCAACUUAGGGAAAGAAAGUGAUCUCUGUCCUGUGAAGAUUAGAGUAAUCUCUUUGUUGCCUAUUUACUUUGUGAAGUAAUUUACUUGUCUUGAAUUAAUGCCUACCCUCAUUAUUUAAGAUUCCCUCCUUUCAAAUGAUUCUUGCAGCGUUUAUCCCAGAACUUUUUACCACUAAUCUACACUUCUGGCCUCAGUUGUUUAUCAGGCUGAUGGCAUUAGCCACACUGUUAGACUUGGGAUAGCAGCUUUCAACCUUUUGGAUAACUGGGACCAGAUCUGUAUAAAUUAAUCUACCCACUACGAUCACAGGAAACUUGUAAUGUAGGAAACAAACUACCGGUAAAAUGCUGCUUGGUUUCACAAUUAUUCAUAUUUUACAUCCUUUUUUAAUCUUAUGUUUGUAGAAAGAAAAAGUUGAAGAGCUUCAGACAAUCAUUAGACAGUCAGCUAAAGAGAGACUUUGGUUGGAGAGACAAGUUUCAAACAGCGAUUUGUCUCGCUCACCCAGUCCGUUUAUCUCAUCUGGGGAUUUUGCAGUGGAGAUGCGAAUAAAGACAGAAAGACUUGACACUGUAGAAGCUGAGAACAUAAAAUUGAAAUUGUCAUUGGAAAACCUACAAAAAUCAGAGAAAGAGAGCAAAAAAUUGGUAAGGAUGAGUUAACUGGUUAAUUACGUGGCAACUACAUGUAAUGGUAAAGCACCUGUGUCUAUUUGUGUGAAACCACUGUCUAUUGCAUCUUGAUUAAUUUUUACUUAGCUUCUCGGCAGGUUUGUCCUAAACUUCAGCAUGCUUUGGAUAGCUAGCUCUAACUUGUACUUGUAAUUUGGAAUCUGAUUUACUGAAGUUAUUCUGUUUAAGAGCUAGGAAGUCGUUAUAGAGAUCUCUUCUUGCAUUACUGGUGUUUACUCAUUGGAGAGAAAUACAUUUCCUGAAGUUGUUUGGUAGCCUUUUUGUCACAGGACAUUACUCAUUUGUAGAUCUAAGCUGUGAUCUUUGCAAGUAAUAAUAAUAAUCACAACAUUCAUUCUCUUAUGAAACACUCUCUGUCUUUAAUCACUAUCAUCAAUGUUGCACGUAGGUGACCAUUGCUAGAUUCUGUGUAUGUACAAUACCUAGUAUGUUAUUUAAACACUCACCCCCGUAAUGAGUUUGCUGGUGGUGCCUUUUUUCAUUAAAUAUUCAUGACUUAGACAACCUGUUCAUGGUCAAAUUGUGCAUGUUUUAAAAUGCUAGUUUAAUUUAAGCGAAAAAUAAUGAAGGAUGCAAUCUUUGCAGGCAGAUGAUCUGAAAGAAAAAGAAAAGGAGAAUGAGAAGCUCUUACAUGACUUGGAAGAAAAACAAACUAAGUGUUCUAAACUGGUAACUAAAUUGCUUUCAUGUUUUUUUCUUUAAUUAGCUGCUUUCUCCCUUUUAGGGGAGAUUCAUUGUUAUUGUUAUUUUUGGCUGCUCCAUUGUCAAGUAUGAAGAAUUCUUGUGAAUGAUGCAGUAUUGAUCUGAAAUGACUGAGAGGCAUUUGCCUUAAGGGAAUUACUUCAUGUAACUACAUGUUAAUGUUGAAAUUCAUUUUAAACUGUUGUAUUUUGAUUCCGCCAUUUAAUCUCAAAAUUUCUUGUAACAAAGCAGAUAACAAAAUACAGGCAAAGUAUCACAUGUGUAGUCAAGGUGAACUUGCUAUGUCUUGCUGGAAUGUUUUUCAUUUCAUGAGUUCUUGUUCAAACUCAGCAAGCGGCAACCAAACAGUGUGAUUAUAAGAUCCAACUAUAGAAUCAAGGAGGGAAGAGGCUUGAUCCACAGCACUUUUAUUCUUGUGUGUUUAUCCCUUUGUGUGUUAAAAAUAUAUAGCACCAUUGGUAACUGUUGAUUUUAGUGGUGUAACGAUUAAUCGAAUUCUCGAUUUAAGUCACGAUUAUGACCGUUUGUUUCGAUUCACGAUUCUUUACUUCCACAUUUUGAUUUUGGUUCGAUUAUUGCACACCUUUUUCAGGGUGCCCUUAGUGAGUUAUUAGAUUGUAAAAUCGGAACCCAGAAUGCUUUAAAUUGUGCGUUUAUGAUUGACGAGCAAAGACGAUAGCAUUUCGUGCACCACUUUGUGUUGCCUGGUAAAAAUGCUGUUCUUCAACCACCCCUUGAGAAUUUCCAAAUAAGGCAAACUAUGUGCAACAGGCUCUUUGUCAGGUUCUCAAACAUGGCAACGAACCAAGCGACUGUGAAUCCUCCUGUCCCUGCUACUAUUCUCAAAUUGAGGGUUUAGGGUUGCAUGUUGUUUACAUUGUGCGUCAUAGUAUAAGAAUUAAGAAUCAUUACAUAAUCGAAUCGAAAUAAUCGAAAUCGAGAGGCAAAAAUAGAAAUCGAAUCGAACCGCAAGGAGUAUGAAUCGUUACACCCCUAGUUGAUUUAAAGUGUUCUGUUUUGAUGUAGUGGUUUUAAAAUAAUCAUCAAGUAGUUACAUGUACCUGUUAUCAGUUUAAUUUUCAUCUGAGUCUAGUUUUUAAUUUGACCAGGGGAGUAAGUGUAAGUGACUUCAAAAUAUAGCUCUUGAAUCUCUUUUAAAGUUACGUCUUCUUGACUGGCCCUUUGAUCAAGAAAUUUCUUGCUAUGUGAGAGGAAUUCUAAUGAGACGUGUGUGCCAUAUAAUUGAUGUGAAUGGGAUUCUAUAGAGGUGGGGUCAGUUAGAUCAAGAAGUAUUUAUAUGCAGAAGCUCUUAGUCACGGAGCUUUGGCUGUAUGUAUUAUUAAUUUGAUAGCAGUGAGCUGUCAUUUGACAAUGUCUUCCAUAACAUUGGUCAGAGUUAAACUUUAAAAGAGAAAGGCCAGGUCAUCUAGACUUCAAAAGUGAAGGUGAUGUUUAAUGGAACAAAAGCAAUCAUGAAUGAUGCAGUCAGAAUCACUACUUUUUUUGCUUUCUUAUCCAUUCCACUGUCUCUCUUUGCAUAUAUUUUUAACCAGGAACUUGAAAGGGAGAGGUUUGCAGCUAAGUGCACUAUGCUCCAGAAAAAGAACACAGAGAUGUCAAAGAAAAUUUCAGAACUGGAAGAGGUAAUUAGUUUAAAUUUACAGGGGCAAGCUCACGCACAGUACAACUGUAUUUUUUAUUCUUACAAGUGACAGUGCAAAAUGAAAUUUGGGUGACCGCAAGCACUUGCGGGUGUGGGUACUAGUAAAAAUCACCCUUUUCUAUAAUUACAGCAAUGCAACAUCAAAGUGACUGGCAGAAUGUCUAGUUUUGGUGACAAGGCUGAUUAAAUUAAAUUCUCUUCUUUUAGGUGGAAGAGGAAGUUGCCAAUGUGAGAGAGAAACUGGAAGUGUCUGACAUGAAAAACAGUCUUCUUUCAGAAGAAUGCAACAAGAUGAAAAGCCAGUUAGAAGGGCUUUUACAUGUCAAGGAGGUGGGUAUUUAUGUUGGUAUUGCAGUAAUAAGCAAACUCUAUAUUCUCUAUAUAAAAUUAUUAUUGUACCUUGUUAUGAAAGAUUAGGAAUGGAGAGACAGAAUAGAGAAACAGUUGGAAUGAAUAAUCAGUAAUAAUCUGAAGAAUAUUAUGCAGAUCUGGGAGGGAGCUGUAACAUUUAACAAAACAUUGUCUGUUCCUUGGCACUUUCAGAAAUUGAAGGGAUGUUUAUUCAGCCAUCUGUUUGUUGCUCCACGUCUACACAAGCAUCAUUCUCGAUGACAAAACUUCCCUUUGAUAUUUUAAGAAUUAAAUGGAUUUGCAUCUCUGAGCUUGCCCUGUUGUUCUCUUUCUAGGAUCUGAAGAAGAUGGAGGAGAAGAAAAAAGUUAUAGAAAAGGAGCACAUGACAAGCAUGGAAAAACUCAAAGAACGAGAAGAGGAAAUAAGGCAGCUUCAUAAGGUGAAAUAACAUUAAAAUAAUCAAGGCUUAAAAAAAGUCCUGUUUGUUCAUCAGCGACAAGUAGAUUUUUUUUGUGGGCAAGUAACAUUUUAUGCUGACUUGCUUGAUGGGCAAGGUCCAGGGAAGUAAUCUUUUAGCUAAAUCAUAAACCUAUAGACAAGGAUAAAAUGGCCCUCAGCACAAAUGUAAGUUUUUUUGCAAGUCCUGAUACCUCAUAACGCUCUGAUUACACACUCUACACUGCAGUCUCAGUUGACUUUAAAUUGACUCUUGAUAUUGGCCAAAUUUGACAUUGGCGACAAAUUCAAAUUCUGUUUUGUUUUUUUCUCUUAAGUCAAGUUUCCUUCAAAGAUAUUAUUUUGAGUUGCGUACGCCUGUUUUCUGUGCUUAGCACUGCAUGUGCUGGCCACUUCUACUUCCAAAACCCAUCAUUGCUUCUCGGAACUUCAGCAUCUCCUGCAUCUUGCCUAAGUUCUUGUACCAAAUCACUGAGAACAAAAGUUCACUUCAGGUUAUCAUUUUACCAACAUUUCCACUUGCUCUUACUCAGAUCCAGGAAGAAGCCAAUAGGGCUCAUGAGAUGGCUGUGACUUCUCUGGAGGACACUGUGCGCAGUCUGGAGCAGAAGUGCAUUGAUGCUGAGGAGAAUAAUAUCAACCUUAAGAAAGAGGUAGAGGAGCUAAGAGAGUUGGAAAAAGCACAUAUCAGGAAAAACCAAGAAAGAGGCCAUAAAUCUACUCAAACAGCAAUCAGAGGAAAUGAAAUUGUGAUUGGAAAUGAUGGUAAGGAUUAACAGCAAAAAAUUCAUUUCUAGACACUACCCUGUAAGCCCAUACAGUGUUAGAUUACUUAUGAUAAUAUUUAUGCAUUUUCCCUUUCUCUUCUCCAUCUACUGUACAUGCUUAUGGUGCUAUUGACAAGAUUUUUUUGUAGUAUCAACUGAAACAUCAUUCUCUUUGGUGAUAAUUUGCCAAUGAGGAAGGUUGAAGGUUGAGUUCCCCUCCCUCUUCUGUUUGGUGCUUUAAGGCCAUUUUGCUUAGGCACAGUAAUGCACAUGUACAUCUAUAGUGUCUAUUAAGAUUAAAAAGUUAAAUAUUAUUUUUUGAUAGCCAUUGAUAUCUUAAUUUAUAACAAUCCAUAGGUAAGCCCAUUCAUGAUCAUCCUUUGCAUGAAGAAAAACCUCAGACACCUCAGUCAUCAUCUCACAAACGUUUAAAUCAAGAAUCAGGAGGGCUAUCAUCCCACAUUGCUCCCACUAAGUCAUCCACCUAUGAAUCAAAAGUUGAAAUGUCACACACAUCUCCUAUGAAACAACCCCUAAGUGCUUCCGAGGCAAGCCAGAAGCCUGAGACUGGGGCUGCACCAGGAACAGAAGAUCUGUUGGAUGUAUUAGCUUCUAGAAUUGACCAGCUGGCAGCUUCUGAUAGUGAGGAUGACAUCUUUAGUGGUAUGUACAAAUUGACUGUGUUAUGACAAUUUUUAAUGGUAUAAAUUGUACAAUCUAAGAGAAAGUUAAAAACUAAGAAAAACGUUGUUUUGGCUUUCCAAAGGGUCAAUUGUUAGAAAAAAUAGCCACUGAAAUUCAGGGUUCUCUACUGGGGUUUUGUUCAUGUUUUCGGGAUUAUUCUAACAAAUGUUAAUGAAAACUGCACCCACUUACUGUAGUAGAUAAAGCUUAAACCAUACAGUAACUUACGGUGGCCCAGAAGGGUCACACAUGCAAAUUAAAAAUGUUGCUGCAAAUUAAAAAUAGUACAUGCAAAUUAAAAAUUGUACAUCCAAACUAAAAAUAUUACCUGCAAAUUAAAUAUAGUACUCAUCCUGUUGAAAAUAGAAAACAUAUCUGCAAAUUAAAAUGAAAAAAAUUCUCUAUAAGUGAUGAGGACCUGGUCCAAGCUGUGCGACCUGGCCUUAUAGCCGUCAGCCCAUUCAUGUUUCAUGUUUGUAAUAUUUUUAGUUUGGCUGUACAAUUUUUAAUUUGCAUGCACUAUUUUUAAUUUGCAGCAACAUUUUUAAUUUGCAGGUAAAAUUUUUAGUUUGCAGCAACAUUUCUAAUUUGCAUGUGUGACCCUUCUGGGCCACCGUAGUAACUCGUCCCUGUGUGGCUACUAUCACAGCUGUUACAUGAAAUAUAAAAAUUAUGACUUGCACUUGCAUCCUACAGCUGUGCAUAGGAAAGGUUUCGUUUGGUAACUGUUCCUCACAUCUUACAACAUAAACACUAACUAUUGAAAAUGCCACAGCUUGGCAGCAUUACGGUGAAACACAGGUGACGAAAUUGGUGACUUCCGCUACAAUCAUAGUAGCCAAAUUUGUGUUUUACUUACCAUGACGACCAAAACGGUGGCAGUUUGGAGGGCUAUACAUUUAAAUAGAAUAAUAUUUUCCAUUAUAGGAUUUGGAAUUUGAAAGUUUUACCUAUAUAUACCUAUAUAUCUUUGACCUUAUUUCUUAGAAAAAGCAUAUGAAGAACAACAGAAGGAAUCUGAUGAGGAUAAAAACGAGCCUACAAGGCCAGAUCUAGAUCUUGAAGACUUGUCCAAGCGCAUCAGUCAAGUGGCAGUCAGUGAUGACACAAGUUCAUUAAGUACUCGAGAGAGAGCUUGCAGUGAUGGUAGUCAAGACUUAACAAGUAUGGCUGAAGGAGAAAUGGGUGAUCUAGAAGAUAAUCAACCUGAUAGCUCAGCUCCUGAAGAUGAACAGACAGACCUUUCAGCACAGCAGCAGCCGAUUGGUGAGCGCUGUUUUUGUGGUUUUGGCCCAAUUACAACUAAAUCUCCGAAUUCCAUUAGUUUUGACAAGUUUUAUUUUGUUUAACAGGGCUGUAGGACUACUUUUUAGAUAGGACUUUAACUUAAGUCAGACAAAGGAGGAAGGAUAUCAGGCAUACAAAAUAUUGAAUUUUGGCCCCAUUUGUUCAAAAGUUGGAUAGUGCUAUCCAUCGGAUAAAUCUCCCUCUGGUGAAUACGUAUUUGGGAAACCAAUUGCAUUAUCCACUGCAUAGAGAUUUAACUAAUAGAUAGCGCUGUCCACCUUUUUAACCACUGAGGCCAGAUUUCUUUAUGUGGUUAUGCUGAUCUUCUGGCUUAAAAUGAAAGUCAUUCUGCAGUCAGGAUUUGGUUGGACAUUGUGUAUAUUUUAGUUUGACAUUGUCGGAUGACCAACUGUUAUUUGAAGGGCUCUCUGUGUAAUGUCUAACAGGUCAGGUCUUGCCCUUUCUGGUAUUAUGGAUAGUGUAAUCACCAAAUGAUUUACAGUGUAUAAACAAAAAGAUAGAAAGAUACCCAACAAUACCCACAAAAUAACCUUAAAAGUAGCCAACAAUAGUUUAUGCAGCACCAAGACCUACUUUCUCCAUUGUGGGUAAGUUGUUGUAGGUUGCACUGCUCGUUACAUUUCGCUCGUCCAUGGCAUUUGCUUACUUGUCUUAACUAAUGUUUUAGCUACCAGAUGACUUGCUUGGAUUCUUGCAAAUUAGACAAGUGAGGUUAAACAGUUAGUUGCCCAACAAGGAAAAUUAUCUGCUUGCCCCAGACAACUGGACGGAAAUUUUUUUGAGCCCUGGAUUGCAUUUAGUGACCAUUUUGCUUUUUAUAAUUUAUUUACACUAGGUGUACUGAACGUUCAUCAUCAUGUUGAGUCUACAAGCUCUGACAAGCAGGUGCCAGCAGAUUUAAACUAUGAAUCCAACUCAGAGGACCAGGCAGUGGACAGCAGAUAUCUAGAGGGAGAUUUUAGUGAUGUGGAUCCCGCUAUUCUUGAGAAGCUAGCAGUGUAUAUAGCAAGAUAUAGUUAUGAUCCUUUGCAGCACUCACCUAAUGAUAAUCCUGAGAUGGAGCUGGCAUUCCAAGCUGGAGAUUAUCUGUAUGUGUUUGGGGAGAUGGAUGAGGUAAGAAGAGGCCCUGGUAGGGUAAAAUUCCUGCAAGGGACAUGGCCUUGAAACAGCAACAUAAAACUAGACUAGUAAUCACCAAAGGUUAGGGAGUGCAGGGGACAAUGAUUGAAGGUUCAAAUGCUCUAAUGCUGUGCUUUGCGUAAGUUUCACGUGACAGAUCAAAACGUGUGAACAGAUUAUGAGUGAUAGAAGGUCCAAAUGUGCGAGAUCAAAUUGCGUUUUGUGCGUUCCAUUCAUUCUUAGUGGAAGUCCAAACGAAUACUGGCUACGUACAUGCAGCACAUGCGUAAUAACAACCUGUAGAUUAGGAUUGCAGGCUCCUCUUGUCGCCCGCAAUGAAAUGGCGACAAACGACAAAGAGAUGGGUUGAAUACCAACAGGGACAUGGCCUGCUCCUCAAAAUGCGAAACGACGGUAUUUAAAAUUUAGACUAGGGACAUAUGUACCCCGCCCUAAUAGUGCCUCUAAGAGGAGUCUGUACCAUCCCUUUUUUCCUGAAUACUGUUUGGUGGAUGUCAAAAAAAACAAAAAAAUAGAAAGCCAACUACAACAACAAGUGUGAGCGAGCAGGAUGUUAAGUGUGGUUUUCAAUAUUUAGUCUAAUAAAACUAGAAAAAAGGGUUAUUUUGGCUAAGACGCUCAAGCUAUUAUAUGAACCAAUCAGAUCUCAAAUCAUCAACAUAUAGUUGACACCAAGCUCUAUAAGAUGUUUCGCUGAAAAUCACACUCGGUUUUCUUUGAUUGUUUUAAAAGUUGGCCAAUCACAAGCUAUAGCUACACAAAGCCAAUGUACAUGUAACACUUAGUACCAAUACCCAACUGAAAACUGCGGUAAUAUCUUAUUUAAUUCUUUGUGGGACAUUCCAGGAUGGCUACUUUCUUGGAGAACUGAUGAGUGGGCAAAGGGGAUUGGUUCCUUCCAACUUUGUUGAAAAAGUCGCAGAUGAAAGCGAGAUGAACAGGAUGAUGAAUGGUACAGGAGAGGGAAUUGGUAGGAGAAAUGUCUGUUAUGGCUGUGAUUAAUUUUUAUUUUCACAUGAAGUUGAACAAUGUUACGCCCUUUGAAAAGCGGCUCUGCCUGAAUCACAUCAAACUAUUAAGGUUGCGGCAGCCCAAACUUCAGGACCGGUCAAUCUUGUUCUCACUUUCGAGUGCAAGCUCUCAUUUAUUGGUCCUAACUGAGCCCGCUGUACCAAGCAUGUGGUUAUUAGGCCUGAGUUGGAAGCUGUAUCCUAGCAACAUGCUGUGCAUGCUCAAGAAAGACCUUACUGGAUUCAUGCAGAGUCUUUCCCAAGUACGCCAAAAUAGAGCAAGCAAAAGAACGGCUCUCCUGGCAGGGUGCACAUGUUGCAGCUUCAGAAGUUUUUUUCUUAUAUGGGUUUUACUAAUUUUAUUGCACAAAAUGUGCCAGUGAUGGAUCCAGGGGAGGGGCCUGGGGGACCUGCCCCCCCCAUUUUUAGACCAGACUGAGGCCCAAAGGGCCAAAAAAUUUUUUUUGAAUCCCCCCUUAUGUCAGGGUCUGGAUGACCCCCCCCCCCCUUAUCUGAAGGUCUAGAUCCGCCACUGUGUGGACAUUUCAUAUCCUUUGAAACUGACAUGUGAAUCCAUAAUUUUUACUUUUAGAUGAAAUUGUGAACAGUGAUGAGGAGGAUACUGAUGGUAAUUAUUAUCUUUCGAGUUUUAGCAAAACGUCCAAUCAAAUAAAAUGCUUGACGUUUGAUUUUUUUUACUUUGUGCUAAAGCUUAAGGGUUGCUGUUAACGGUUAAAUCAGUAAUAUAAAAAGUAGUGAAUGUAAUGUUGAGAAAUCAUAUCAUGGGAUUGCAAUUUAUUUUAAGUACAAAGAUUAUCAUAAAGCUGAACGUUCUUUGUAAAUCAAGACUAGAUGUUGUAGAUUAAAUUUUUAAGGAAUAUCUUAAACUUAAGUGAAAGACUCCUGGAUUAUAGGCGAUACCUUAAAAGUUAUAUAAAAUGGUAAUCAGUGGUCUAGAGUAUGGGUUUGUAUAUCCCUUCUGAAAGCUAACUUGCUUUGUCCUGUGUUUCUUGUACUUUUUAAAGUUCUUUUACUCACAGACAGUACGACAGUCGUUAUAAGACAUUUUGAUUAUUUUAGUGUUAUUUUAAAGCUGACUUAAAUUUGUCUUCUUGUAACACUUGAACAUCAUUUAGAAGAUAGCGCCUCUGAAGAUGGCGAAACAAGCACAGAACUUGUGCUACCUGAAGAAAACGGUGAACGUCACAUGAAGCCUGUCAGAAUGCUUAGAUUUUCCGGUAUUUACUCUGUUAGUUUAACCCUUUUCCAACCUUUUUUGAUUGCUUGCUCCUUACUUCUUGACAAGGGCAUCGCUGACUUCGCCACAAGUUUAACUUCACUUAUUUUGAGAAUAAACGGGAAUUAUAGUGAUAACCUGUGUACAGUCGCCCCUUCCACACGCUAAAUUACCUAGUUACAGCUGCUGAAAAGUGUCUUGAUUGUAAAUCCAAAUUCGUCAAGAUAAGUUUUGGAAGAUAUUCUGCAAAUAAUCAUUCACUAAAAUGUGUUAAAAUAAAUUUUCUCAUGAUAAAGCAUGAAAGUUAUUAAUUGUAAAAUAUAAAACUUUUGAAAGUUGAUGAUGACAAAACUUAAAAUUGCAGUUAGACUUUUUACUGUCCGUGUGAGUUGUCUUUACGCUUGGAAAAAUAAUUUACUAAAAUUAGAAACCUUAAAAUAUCAUAAAAACCAUGAGUUGUGGUAACAUUGUCAACUUAACUACUAAAUCUAGUCAUUUCUUGUGGAAUCCUUUUGUGUAACUGUGGCGUACCCUUCCUUAUGUCACGCUAGGUAAACUUCACCGUGCGUUACGCUUGUCAGUGGAGCACAUACCUGAUGUCGGAUUGAACGACAUCAAAGAAGAAGAUGAGGAAGAGAUCGAGGAGGAAAUCGAAUCGGAGGAUGAAUUUGACGAAGAAGAUGCUCCAGAAGUAUUGAACUUGAGUCAAGAUGGCGUUGCAAGUGAGGACACCGACUUUGAACCUUUCAGUAAGUCAAGCAAUUGCUUAAUUGUUUCUAUUUCAACAAGUGCAUGUACUGCAACUGUGAAAAUGUUUAGUGAAUCGUAAUCGUGGGAGAAAAGUAAUGGUAAAAAAUACCAAUAAAAACAGCUCUUUGGCGAUUUGAUUGACGACGUCUGAAAAUCGAGGAAUUUAUUUCACUACCCAGAUCUGGGUUGAUUCUGAUUGGUUGAAUCAAAUUUCCCACGCGGCACGAUCAUAGCACUAAUCCUGUGAUUCAAUGAACUUCUCAAUAUUUUUUGAAAUCCAGUUAAACGUCGCCAGAUGUUGCUACUUUUCGGCCUUUAGUACGAGGCUAAGUGCAGGUACGACUUGCGAAAGCCAAUCCAGUUAAGAUCCCAGAACUAUCGUUCUUUCCCGUUGCGGACCAGGCCCCCAGUUGUUCAACAUGUGGUUAGCGCUAUCCACUGGGUAAAUCUCUAUCCAUGGAAUAGCGUAAUUGGUUUCCCUUGUACUUAUCCAAUGGAUAGUGAUUUAUCCGUGGAUAGCGCUAUCCAGCUUUUGAACGACGAGGGCCAGGACAUAAAAAGACGUGAAGGACAAAAAUUUGUGUGACAAGUGAUCAGCCAGAUCACACGAUCUUGGCUUGACCACUCAUGAUAUUUCCCAAGAAUGGAGAGGCAAAAAUUAUUUUUGACGCCGUAUAUUUGUGCCUCAGGAGUUCCAUCCCCACGACGGCUCUACCUUGAGCGCCAGUUUACACGAAGCGUGCUGUUGAGUUGGAAGCCCGCUGACCUGCCAGCUAAUCUUGUCAAAGGCUACGGUGUGUUCGUAAAUGGAGACCUUCGGCUCAUGAUCAAUGGAGGGGGCAAAACCAAGGCUCUAUUAGAAGAUAUUGACCCUGAAGAGGUGCGGCUGAUACUAUCCUGUAAAUUGACUUUAAGUCAACAGUAGGUUGUAAUGAUCGUGUGUAUGAGGGUAGUCCUAAAUGGGCCUGCUGGAGACAAUAGGGAUUUUAAACUCGAGGACGAGGGCGACUGUGGGGGCUAUAUUUAACUUGACGUUUUUUGGCGUAUUCUCAAAAAAUCGACCCCCCCGGAAAGCUUCAUUGUAUUUUUUAUCACCAGAAAAGUUAACAGGAUUAUUUUAAUUGAAGAAGAGGGCUAUGCUCUUGCAGAGCCCGGGGGCCCCGACGCCUAACUUUUGCUUUCAAGCGGCUAGAAAAUCUUAGUGUUUUUAUACAUAUCAUAAGCUGGGCACUCUAAAUUGUACAGGCUCAGAGCACCGGGCUCCCUUCAUUUUUCCUUAGUACACAGCCUUGAAGAAGGUUAAACCCUCUCCCGAGCGCCAAACGUUUGAUAACUAGAUUCUGUCUCUACGACAUUCUGUUCUCGCUUAAACCCGUAGUAAAAUGACGACGGCUAUCACCUUUUCCCGCCAAAAUGACGCUUGUUCACGUGUAUGCACUACUUAGUAUUGAGAAAAUGUAGUCCGCGUAGUCGCCUUCGUCUUGGAAUCUAAAGGUCGCUAAUGACUGACUUUUCAAGACGUUUCAACAACAUGUGCGUAAGUCAAAGCAUUUACCUUCAUAUUACUAACAGCGUUACUACAUGUAACAUUGUGUUUCAGCCUUACAGGAUAUCCGUUAGAACCAUAACCUUCAAAGGAAACGAGUCAUCUGAUCGGUCAGCUGUGGUCACCAUUGGCAAAGGUUAGUUAGUUUAUGACUUGGAUAUGAAUGACUAGGUGGUGAUUUGUUUAGUUGAUUGUCUUUUCCAUCCUUUAAUCAACCAUAGUCUAGAUCCACUUUUCGUUCGUUUUAAAUACAAAGCUGUUCCUUUCUUUCUACAGAUGCUAAUCUUGCACCAAGUCACGUGCACGUCACAUGUGUAUCCCCUACGUCAGCCAAGAUCGAGUGGUCCCCAGGUAACAGCUCUUUCAGUCACGAGGUUCUUGUCAAUGGGGAGCUUUACAAGACAGUGCGCCCAGGAACGUUCCAGCACACAAUCACUAACCUUGAGCCAGACCAUAUGUAUAAGGUGCAUGUUCGCGCGAAGAACCCCAAGCGGGUGGUGGAACACGACAAUGAAGUGGACAUUGAAGUGGAUCUUUUGACAGCAGAAGCUGAAUUCAGGACGGAACCCGGUGGUAAGUAGCUAAUUCGCCACUUCACAAACGAUAGUGAAACUGGUCCCAGGUAACUAUCCAGAUUCAAAUCCACUAAACUGAUUUCCAUACAUUUACUUAACGAAUUGGCUGAGACAAUUUGACAAUUUUUUUUGGUGAUCAUUUUAAUAGUUUCCAUUGCCUUUCCUCUGGAUUCUGUAUUGACACUGUUAGGAGAAUAUUGACACUGGUCACUCAAGGGACUUACAGGGUUAACUUUCGUAAAGAUUUCUGGGACUGUUACUAGGGACAGGGGAAAAAAAUUGGCCAAUAGCUGACCUGCGCGUCCCCAGUAACAAUCCCGGAAACAAUUGCGGCACAUAUUUUCGCCCCAGUUCCCUUCCUUUUUCGAAAGUUGAGAAUUAGAUUUAAAGUAAUGCAAAAUUAGUAUGUGUAAUCAAAUGGUAAGGGGUGAAAUUAGGGAAUAAUUUCACGCAAGUGAAAUUAUUCCCUAAUUUCACGAGUAUACCAUUUGAUUACCUAUUGAUAUCGUGGGUGACGAAUUACGUUAGCAAUCUUAGAUUUUUGACAUGUUUAUCCUGGAUCGUAUCGAUCGAGAACUCCACUCUCUCAAAUGUUUAGACCUUAAAUUUGGCUUAUAGAGUUCAGAAUUUUUCAGACUUUUUCGGCAAAAUACCUGGUAGAGUCCUUCUUGAUGUUCUCUUGUGUGUUCAGGUUUUCUUAAGUGUCUUUUUGUGCCCUGACAUCUUCAUUCACGGCAUUCGUCGCCAUCUUGACACUGAGACGUACGGAAGGUUGCCAUGGCAAUUUUAUAAUUUCGCAUGUGAAAUUAAAAAUUAACGCUGAAAUUUCGCGCCAUAAUUAAUGAGUAAUUCGUCACCUAUGAUAUUAGCCGUGAAACAUAUCUGACUGUUAGAACGUUGCGUAUUCAACUCUCCCUUGCCAUAGUGGGUUUAUUUAUGAGUUUAUGUAAAUAUUUUAACUCGCAGAGUCUAUUAUUAGGGAGACAUGUAACCCAAAGGGUGUUUUUACCAGGGUAUUGGAAAUUUCCUAUUGAUUCGGUUCCUUUGUUAAAUCUGUAUGUUGGAGUUUUCCCAGCGUCCUCAAAACAGUUCCAUAAUGCAACAUCAACGUAAUAUUGAACAUCAGUGAAAUCUUUAAUACUAUGGCCGUGGAUUGUGUUGUCUUGAGUCGUUUUGUUUUUAUCUUAGGUCUUCCAGAUCCUCCUUUAGAAGUAGAAGUCGCUGUAGGCCAUGCCAACUCCCUGGAUGUUAACUGGAUUCCUGUGACUAUUACAGAGAGGGGUACUUCAAACGGUGCUCGCGUGACAGGAUACAAAGUAUACAUCAACGGCUUUCCUUGCACUGAGGUCACGUCACCCACAGCGGACAGCGUGACAGCCGUGUCAUGGAUGGUGGAACGUGCGUUUAAAAGAAGUCACAGCGAGGUUCUUUGUGUUGUUGUAAGAACUCAGUCUUGCGAAGGAGAAUCUGUGGAUUCAAACGAAGUUGAGCUUCCUGCGGAAAUGUUUAACUUCAAGGUGAAUAAUUUGGUAAAACCUAAAGGCGCAGGUCCGCUUCCUAAAAGAACAGAAUUGACGCCGCAAAGCUCUGUUGAAGAAGAAAACAGUCCUGACAUACAAGAUAAAGAUUCGGCCCAUGAUAGUAGGAAUGCUGAGGAAUCAAGGGAGAGAGCUGAUAGUGUAAGGCGUUACAGCCGAGGUGAAAACGGACAGCCACAUUUAGUGAUAAAGGAUGACACUAAUAGAGUGAGAAACGUUGUGCAGGGUGAUACUACGAUGGCUCAGCCACGGACAAAAGGUGAGCCUGUUAUAUGGAAAGACGAUAAUGCGGAUGAGUCGGAAGCUGCCGACAGUGUUACGAAGAGCGACGAAAGAGUAUCCGAUGACGAAGAUGAAGAAAUCGAAAUUUGCAUUCCGGACGCUUCGGAUGAUCUUGCGCACUCUACACAGAAGGAACCUGACAUGAACGCUGAACAACAAGGUUAUCAACUACUUGAGGAACAGAAAAAUGAGGAUGAGGAGUUGGAAGAGAGCAAAGAAGAGGAAGAAGUAAUGGAGGCAAGCUCUCUUGUGUUGUUGUUGAUGUUGUUGUUGUUGUGUUUUGCUCCUCUAGCCUGUAUUCCAGGAGUAAGUCCCUCCGACUCUAGCGUCAUUUUCGGUUACCGUAUAAGGUUUAGAGAGGGCAUGAAAUUUCGAAUUACUCUGUGGUCAAACAGUUUGCUAGGUUAUGGACAAAGAGAAAUAAAAUUCCAAGUGCACGUGCCCGGAUAGACAUUUAACGUUUGGCUGAAGUUUCUAAUCAUUGAAAUUAAGUAGUGAAACUUACAGUCAACUCUUUUUGGAUAGUUUGACAGAUUAAACGCCGCGAUAUUUAGCUCAUUUCUUUUUUUGUCUUUUUUUGUCGUUGUUUUUCUUUAGGCUUAAGCAAUAAUGCGGUACUUGUAAAAUGUCCGUGCUAAUUAUCUUUCUAACCAUAAGCCGAAUAUGUUAUAAGAACAGGUUCAUAGUUUUAUUGACGUGUUUAUACACCUAAGUGACCUUCUAACGUGCGAGUUACCGAACUUGCUUUUCAUACAGUCGUUCAAUCUGUUUUUUUUUUAGGACAACGAAGAAGUCGAGAAUGAAGAAACUGAGAUUCCCGAGGAUGACCAACACUUCGGCGAUGAAGACGUUUUACCUAUCGAGGAAGAAACACCAGACAUUCCAGACGAAACCCUGCUUAUGCCCAGGAAAGAGAACAGCGUGUCCGUGGUCAGCGGUACUGACAUGGAUGAGUUUGAGGAGACGUUAGAUGAAGCUCAAAGUAUACGAGGAAGAAGUCCUGAGGGCUUACAUAGCCAUGAUAAGAGACCCUAUAUACGACCACUGGAAUACGAGGAAAGCGAUUAUGAGAGUGAGUCAAGCGAAGAAAAGCCUCUGUCUGUCAUACAAGAAGAAGACGAGGAAGAUUUGUCCGAGUCAGUUGUUUUCCCGAGCAAUUUCUCACGACAGCACUCCACUUCCGACGAUUUUCAGAGCGACGAUGACGUCAUGGAUUUGCUUGACGAUGACCACGAUCGGGAUGAAACGGCAGUGCAUGGUGUCGACUUCGGAACUGUUCGUAAGAUCUCGCAGAAUGAACGCAAUGCGGUGCUAUCACCCGAAGGUGAAUCAUCGGGUGAUGCAUGCUUUGGAAGAUACUUAGCAAAGAGCGACGAAGAAGGCAACACACCUCUUAAUUCUCAUUACAGACUUCUUGAUAGUAUUGAACUUGAGGAAUCUGAAAGCGGUGGAGUUGAAACCUCAUUCAGUGAAACAGAAGCUGAUCGUGGUGGAAUGGAUCGAAGUUCAACUCCGCUUGAUUACCGCGACGAGGAGAAUGUUUACUAUAACGAAACAGGGCAGAAUGAAGUUCCUUGUGAUCCCACGGGUGAUCCCUCGGGAAGGGACAAGGCUCCUCUUCCUGAUCAGGAUUUUGAGGGUGGUAUAACCACUGAGGAGCAAGUUCGUGUGUUUUUAGCACUGUAUGAUUAUGAUCCCUCUACCAUGUCCCCUAAUCCUGAUGCAGAAGAGGAGGAGUUAGCAUUUAAUGAAGGAGAUCUUAUUAAGGUAAUAACUAAACGGACGGGUGCUCUUUACAAUAACUUGUAAACGAUACAUUGUAAUUGUAAUUUAUAAUUUCCCAAUUAGUAUGACAAUAAACCGCAAACGAAUUAAAAAAUUGACCCGUCACAUGGAAGUGAGCAAUAAAAGGAAAAAAAAGAAACGAAACAAAACAAAAAAGGUAGCUUAUCUGGGAUUCGAACCACGCAUCAUGUACUUCUGAGGCUCUAGCAAUUUCCUGUGUAAGAAUUAAAUUCUAUACCGGAAAAAAGAAACAAAUGGACUGUUUUGAAAAAAUGUGAGGAAAAAAAGAAAGGAUAAUCGUAGUCGGCAGGAUUCGAACCUGCGCGGGGAGACCCCAAUGGAUUUCUAGUCCAUCGCCUUAACCACUCGGCCACGACUACUCAGAUGAGAGGGAAGGGUAAGUUUGGUGUACUGCCGCGUCCGUUAUGAAUUGCGCAACCAACAUUAUGAGUCUCAUUGUACUUAAGGAUCCUCGAAAGAACAGACGUAAGAAGAAGCUCAUGAAAAGAAAAUGAAGUCACAAUAUUUAUGGACGAACCAAGCAACUUGUUCACUUGACGGCAAUAUGGCUUUACAGCCAUAGACAGGUUCACGCUUAUAGUUGCAUCAUGCUUAAUCAGGGCAAGAUGGCGGGAAAUUCAAAGAUUUGAAUUGGAAUUCAAAGCCAGCUAAUUCCCCAAUUCAUAUAUUUGAUGCUUUCUUUUUGAAGAGAGUAACUUACGAGUUCAAGGAAACAAUUCACUAAAUCUGCAGUGCAAAAAAGAUCAUUUUUUCGAAAACCUUGAUUUCUCCCAUACUUUUUCUGUAAUUCGACAGUAUCAAAAUUACAGAAAAUGUAUGGAAAAGUUGAGGUUUUGUAAAAGCUGAUCCUGGAGUAUUAUGCACUCCUGAUUCAGCUUAUUGUUUCUUUCAAUUCAUAAGUUACACAUUUCAAAGGAACGUGGCAAAUAUAUGAAUUCCGGAAGAAUUAGCUGGCGUUGAAUUCCAAUACAAAUCUUUGAAUUUCCCACUAUCUUGCCCUGAUUACCCAUGAUGUAAUUAUAAGCGUGAACCCGUCUAUUAGGCACCAGAACGGCUUCUCGCAAAGAACUGUAUAUGUCGCUUUUUUUAGCUUGGUAGAGUAAAAUACUCGACCAAAUCAAAGACAGCUAACUUUGGUUAAAUUAUAAAUAUGCUUUUGCAUUUAAAAGGAAAUUUUUGAAACUGUUCUUGGGGUUCUGGUGGAUGGUUAACGAAGAGCAAAUAGUCGAAGGAAGGCUUUUUCAGGUUCGCGACCUACUGGGUCAUGUUUGAUAAUCCUUCAAUUGCCGUUGUCGUUCGCGAUCAAAUGUAAACAAUUAUUUGGUAAAAAGUAACUAGUUCAAACUAAGUCGUAUUCUUUGGCUAUUAGUCUCAUACGUCAUCGUUAUAUUUCAUCAGGUUUACGGUGACAAGGAUGAAGACGGUUUCUAUUGGGGUGAAUUAAACGAUAGAGCAGGCUACAUUCCAUUCAACAUGGUGUCAGAAGUGCAGCUUGAAGACGAGGCGACCGGAAGCAAUGUUACCUCACCUUCUAGUUUAAAUCUCACUCAAGAAGUGGUCCAGGUCCCUGAACAGAGCCCCAUCCACGAGGCUGAAGCCGCUUCAGAGUCCACUGGAAACUUGCUUGAUGAAGUUAUUCUUGAAGAAGGCGAGUUUGACGAUCCCCGAGAAAGCGAAAAUUAUCAGCUUCCACCUCGACGAAUGGUGGCUCUGUUUGAUUAUGAUCCACGAACUUUGUCGCCAAAUCCCGACUGCGAGGUGAGGAAUUAGUAGUGUCUUUUUUAAAACGAGGUCUACCUCGCUGCUUUUGGUUUGAACCAGGUGUUGAACAGUCUGCUACACGGUCGUUUUUAGUGCCGUCACGCAACGCUCCUCGGGGAGGAACGUUGCGUGACGACGAUAAAAACGGCCGUGUAGCAGACUAGGUGUUGAAUUGCGACGUACCUUAAUACAUUCUCAGUAAAGUAUUUCAAACUUGAACGUUUAUUCAGCCUCCCGAAAUUGCGACAAAGUGCUCGGCGCCUCCUCAUACUACUCUUUUGCCUCAAAAGUUUACCGACGCACUAUUGUUUUAAUAAGAGCUUUAGAAAUUGUUACACAACUAGACAGUGCACACAGCUACAGUCUCUUAAAGAUAUGAUAAUUUUUUUAAUUUUGUUUUAGGUGGAAUUGAAGUUCAAAGUAGGUGAUGUUAUUUAUGUGUACGGUGGUAUGGAUGAGGACGGGUUCUUUUCGGUGAGUGGAGAAAGCUAAGAUAUCUGGCACAAAAUUAUUGUUAGACGUACGCUUCCGGUUAGUAGCGUUUUCGAGAUUCCCGCCACUUUGUCAGCCAAUCAGAAACAAAUGCAUUUUCGCGCGCCCGGCGCCGGCUACAAUAAUUUGCUUCUGAUUGGGUCAUUAAAUUGUUUGAGCCUGUUGUGAUUGGCCAAACUUGUUACUAUGUUGUAAAGACACCUGUAAUCGAAACUGUUUGGUAACCAACACAGUGUUUGGCGUCUGUGCGUCUAUUUUAUCGAUUGAAUACUAAUUAUUUGCUUUGUGUUCCCUGUAGGGGGAGUUACGUGGAAUUCGUGGUUUGGUUCCGUCGAAUUUCCUUGAGGAUUUGUCUGAUCCACCUGAAACAACGCAAGAAGACUCUAGUCAUAACGACAGCUAUGUAAGUGGGCUUUCGUUCUUCCGUUCUUCCUUCCUCCCUUCCUCUAUAGACACGCCUACCCUUGUAGUUCUCGUAUUACUGUGAUUUGAUUCGAAAAGACCACCCGCGAAAGCGCGCGAAAAAAAACCGCGCUCCGCCGUAACUGUUGCCAUGUUGUCUUUGCUAAGUCUGUCUAUUCCCUGUUUCUGAAACGCUCUCAACUGAGGGUAUGAAACGCUGCAGUAUAUUCACUUAAGAUGGAAGGUGACCCAUAGAUAUGCGUCUUCAGUGCUUUUAUUCUGCAGUCGUGGCGAACAGGAAACUAUGAAAGUGGGAACCUGUGUUUACGAAAGACACUAUAGUUUGCUAGUCCGCCUAAGGACUGUAUGUGUUUUACCCUAUUGCACGUUACUCGAAAGCUUUUACUGUACUUAUCUCUCUGUUUCAUUAUUCACUACAGCUGCUGAUUGUUUAGUGGCUUCUGCUGAUCUAACUACUGCGGGAGACUGUGCUUUCCUCUUUCUGGUAUUUAACUACCCUUCUUGUCUUUCCUCCUUUGCUCAUUCAUGAAUAACAUUAAGAAUGUAUUGAUACUUUUAACCAGCGUAACCAAAGUGGUAAAAAACUUCAAGCGUCUGAGCAUUUUACCGUUCUCUGAGAUGUGUGCCCAAUUUUCCACAGAGCACUGGCCAGGAAAACCUUAUACGGAGAAUGUUAGUACGACUAUGCACGAUACUGUUGCACGUUUAAAUUUUCAAUGAAUAGUUUUUUUAUGCGAUCGACGGAUUCACGGAAGAAAUAUUAGAGAAAGGGUAUUAUUGAAAGGAUUAAUCAUCACUAUUAAUAUGCUAUAAACUAUGAACCAUAAACCUUUAUCACUCUAAACUUUUGAAAAUUUUAUUUUUACGCCACUAUUUUUUUUGCCUUUAUUGCUGUUUAUUUUAAUCUUUAGUGAUAUCUAAUUUUUGUUAGAAUUCAACAAACUUUAUCACAGUUUCUUUGCGCCAUGUUCACACUCUUAUUCUUUUAUCUUAAUCUCCUUUGUUGUUCUUUUCAUUUUGCUCAUUUUGGUUUUUUUUUUUUUGCCUUUUGGUUGUUUUUUUCUGUUGGUUAUCUAUUGCCGUGUUGUGUUCUCCACUUGCGUGUUAAUUCAGAGAGCUGAUGCUAGUGUAGACUACGAGGAGACCCUCAUUUUCCACAGCAAAUUAAGAGCGCGCAAAAUACGGGAGCUCACGUGAAAGUCGCGUCCUCCCAUCCACCCGCGUGUUAUCUUCUUCGUGGAUGGUAAACCGCGAUCAGGGAUUUUGUUAGAAAAGGAGGGGGGUGAGGGAAAACGCCCCUCCUUACCAGAAAAGGCACAUAUAUAAGUCAGAUAAAGGGAGGGCGUGUGGCCGUGGGUGGGCGAUUUCCACAAUGGACUACUCCUGAUCUAUAAUCAGCGUGUCUUGGGAUGCUUAAGCGACCACCAUUUUCCUUCGCAGUCCUUCUAUAAUCUGCUUAGUUGAACUUAAAGCUGACGAGAAUAAAGAAGAACAUCAUCCAAUAACAAAUGGCUUGUUUCUUUAACUAUUUUGUUUUGUAUGAUUUUAAUAACAAACUUGUUGAGAACGUUGUGCAUGAUUGCUACAGAUUAGGAAGUAAUAAGUUUCUUCAAGGUCAGAUUAUUGGCCACUGUGAAGAUGCGCAAAAGACGGUCAAAAUUCGUGCCCAAAACAGGCCUACAGUUCAAUUUGACACAACACCGACGAACUCUUAGCAAUAGUCUUAGUCUGUUCUAGGUGUUCAGGUAGUGGGGAGUGGCACGAAAUAGAGAGCGGAGGAAAAGAGGCGGAAGGGAGGAAAAGGGAGAGAGAGGAGGGAGACUUUCAUACUACUACCACCACCACUACCACUACCCCUACCAACACCACCACCCCCGCCUCCACUCCCUCGCUGUUUUUUCGCGCUCACUUUUCUUUGCGUCCUCCCCACUAUCUGAAUGCCUGUAACAGGCUAUAAUGAUCAUUAAUAGCGCUUUGUUGUAACUUACUGUAAGCUAACUUUGUAUUCCAGGAAUCUCCGUUGGUUUCUGCAGACAAGUACAAUAACGUGAACGGUACCCAUCCAGUGGCGGCCGAGGAUUCUCCCAAGAAAAAGAAAGGAAUCUUAUCUAAAGGAAAACAGAUGUUCAAGAAAAUCGCCAAGGCGCAUAACUCGCCCAGAGGACACAAUUCCAAGAGAUAGCGUAGCUUAUAAAUUAUAUUAUACGCCAGAACUGUAACUUAUUUUGGCAUCUUUUGUGUUAUAUUUUGUGUUCUCAGGGGUUUCCUCCUUUAUCUAGAUAGGUCGCGAUUAUUUGACUACGUUUCGGAAUAUGAAGAUAAAUAUUUUAUUAUAGUCUCCGUAUCGGUUUUUGGAUUCAACUUAUAACUUAACUUGAGUUACUAUUUGAAACCAUGGAUAGUGAGAAUAUCAAAGGUUAUCCCGUUUUGUAUAUAUACUUUGAGUGCGCUCUAUUUCAUAACUUUAAAUUUAAUAAAUUGUAGGGUUUUUUAGAGUGGAAUAAAUAGAGACAAAACCUGUGGAUGACGUAGCUCUAAUCCACAAGAAGUGAAGUCCAAAAGAUGUCAAAAAAGAAGUAGAACGUGUGUAAACACUAAUCAUAUUUUCAUGAAGCGGUGAUAGUAAUGCGUGUUUCCUAAAUUAUGCGCAAUAUUUUGUAAAGUCGAAUUGAUCUGAGUGAACUUAGUUUAGUUUUAUAGCUUUAAGAGAAUUAUAAUAUAAAUUUUACAAUAUAUCGCCUCUAAGCCAGGUGAAGUAUUUUAUCUAAAGUACAAGGUUGUCUACAUGUAAAUAUGGGUUAUAACACCCCUUAAUUUAUCAAUCCAGAUUCCUGUGCGGACCGCUGGCUCGUGCCGGAUGUACGAGAUAUUUACUUGUCUGCUAGACAGAUAAAAGUAUGAUGGUAAACGUUUGGAAGGCUUUUUAUAGUAUUUCCCGAAUUAAAAUGUCCAAUUUUAAAUGGUAAGGUCCAGUAUAUUCUUAACGUUCGUUCGCGUUCUUACUCACACACCCGCUGGCCUUGUCUGGUUCACAUCUUUUACCUUUGUAAGCACGAGUAGUGUGUUCUUAUUUAAUAGUACUUGUUUCAAUAGCUACUGUAGGUUUGAGAUGUAGAUAUUAUAUAUAUAUAUACCCAUAUAGUAACCGCAGGAUUGUUAAACUACAUGUAUUAAUAUAUUGUUUAGAGUUUUACCAAUUUACUCACAGA